UCAGGUUGGCUAUUGGACGCUUUCCUUUGGUUUAGUUGGAGCAAGAGGGACAGUGAGUGAACUCUUGGGAGACCUGAAAGAAAAGGUAGUAUAUUGUCAUGGACGAAAGCUGUUCCUGUGCUAGGUGGGGGAUCGAAUGCAUCACACCGAAGGAAUGCACGAAAGCCUCUUGCAAAAGCUUCAGGAUAGAUAGAACGAGGGUGAUUUUCAACCCUAUGUCGCUAGAUGGCGCUCUACAAAGAAGCAACACUCACGCCUUAGGAAGCAGUAAACAGUACAGCAGCGGCACCGCUGGUUUUAACAUUAUACCGGAAGGAGAGAGGCCGAGCUGGAACGAAUUGAAACGAGAGAGUAUUAGAUUGCUAGAGAGGACGUGAAGAAAAGGAGAGCAGAGGAACUUUCUCUUCCGGGUCACAUAGGGGGAGUGUUUUGGUGUCGACGGACCCUCUUGUGUUGUUUCAAGGGUGGAAGCGGCUCCUGGGAGACAAAGAAGAUGCCAAGAAGAGCACUCUGGACAACAGAUAAUUAGAAACAGCUAUAAAAUGUAAAACGGAUAAUCAAUCAGCAUUUAUUUCCACUUCGUCCUCAAAGUGUAAACUCUUCUCCUUCCUCAGCUGAUGAGAGACAAUAGAGAGAAAUAUGAGAACAAAGCUUUCAGCUGGGAAAAAAAUAAGAGUGUUUGGAACUCAAGGAAACAUUACAUGAGAACUCAAGGAGGAUAAUUUAUCAGUAAAGAACACCUGGAAGUCAGUGGGAAGAAAAAGGUUUCGUGGAUAGCCAAAACUGGCAGGAACUAAUGAAAGCCUUUGUGGAAGGAAAGGGUAGCUAGAAUCAAAGAACCAUCAGGUAAGAGACCAGAAAUAUUGUUGGCCUCCUCAAGAAUCAAAGAAUAUCAGUGUUGGAAAAUCCCCACUGACUGCUUAUUGUGGGAAACACAGAGAUUGGGGAUCACAUCUGAGAAGCCAUAGAAAAAUUUGGGGUGCGUCAGAAGCUUUACUCACAACAGGUCUCUCGUCAUUCGUGGAAUAACCAUACCAAAGAGAAACUCUUACCAGUACUCCCAUUGUGACAAAAUAUUUAGCAUGUACACCAAUUUGGUGAUACACAAGAGGACUCUCAAUGGGGAGAAACCAUAUGAGUGUGGGGAAAGUUUCAGUCAGAAUUCCAAACUGGUGACACACCAGAGGAGUCACACAGGAGAGAAACCAUAUGAGUGUCCGGAUUGUGGGAAAAGGUUCAGUCACAAUACUGACCUGGUGAUACACAAGAGGAUUCACACAGGAGAGAAACCUUAUGAGUGUCUGUAUUGUGGGAAAAGUUUCAGUCAGAAUUCGAACCUGGUGAUACACCAGAGGACUCACACUGGAGAAAAACCAUAUGAGUGUUUUGAUUGUGGGAAAAGUUUCAAUCACAAAUCCCACCUGGUGAAACACCAGACAACGCACACGGGACAGAAACUGUAUUGUUCAGAUUGUGGGAAAGGCUUUAGUUGCAAUUCUGACCUGGUGGUGCACCAGAGGACUCACACUGGAGAGAAACCAUAUGAGUGCCCAGAUUGUGGGAAAAGUUUCAGUCGGAAUUCUUCCCUUAUGGAACACCAGAGGACUCACACUGGAGAGAAACCAUAUGAGUGCCCAGAUUGUGGGAAACAUUUCACGCGAAAUUCCCAUCUGGGGAGACACAGGAGGACUCACACGGGUGAGAAACCAUAUGAGUGUCUAGAUUGUGGGAAAAGUUUCCAGCGUAAUUCCCAUCUGGAGAGACACAAGAGGACUCACACGGGCGAGAAACCAUAUGAGUGUCCAGAUUGCGGGAAAACGUUCAGUCAAAGUUCCCAUCUGGUAAUACACAAGAGGAGUCACACAGGAGAAAAACCGUAUGAGUGUCCGGAUUGUGGGAAAGAUUUCAGUAGUAGGUCUAACCUUAUAAAUCAUGUAAGGUUACACAUAAGAGACCCAGCUAAUAAUAAGACCUCUCCAAAAAUUAGGCCACGUGCUUAUUUUGGGGGUCAAAAGAAAAUAAGACCCUGUUGUAUUUUCAGUGAAACACGGUACCAGUGCUCCCAUUGUGACAAAAGAUUUACCAUGCACACCAAUCUGGCGAUACACAAGAGGACUCACAAUGGGGGACAACCAUAUGAGUGUCUGGAUUGUGGGAAACUUUUUCUGCAUAAUUCCAAGCUGGUGAUACACCAGAGAACUCACACAGGAGAGAAACCAUAUCCGUGUCCAGAUUGUGGGAAAAUGUUCAGUCAGAAUUCCUACCUGGUGAGACACCGGAGGACUCACACAGGAGAAAAACCAUAUGAGUGUCCAGACUGUGGGAAAAGUUUCAGUCGGAAUUCCCACCUGGUAGAACAUCAGAUGACUCACACAGGAGAAAAACCAUAUCCAUGUCCAGAUUGUGGGAAAUGUUUCCAGCAGAAUUCCAAGUUGAUGCUACACCAGAGGACUCACACAGGAGAGAAACCAUAUGAGUGUCCAGACUGUGGGAAAUGUUUCAAGGAGAAUUCCAAACUUGUGAUACACCAGAGGAGUCAUACAGGAGAGAAACCGUUUGAGUGUCCCGAUUGUGGGAAAUGUUUCAGUCAGAAUUCCUACCUGGUGAUACACCAGAGGAUUCAUACAGGAGAGAUACCAUUUGAGUGUCUGGAAUGUGGGAAAGUUUUUAGUAGGAAUUCUAAACUGAUCAUGCACCAAAGGACUCACACGGGAGAGAAAUCAUUUGAAUGUCCUGAUUGUGGAAAAGGUUUCAAUUGCAAUUCUGACCUUGUGGUACACCAGAGGAUUCACACAGGAGAAAAACCGUACGAGUGUCUCGAGUGUGGGAAAACUUUCAUUCAAAAUUCCCACCUUGUGGAACACCGCAAGACUCACACAGGAGAGAAACCAUAUAAGUGUCCAAUUUGUGGGAAAGGUUUCUAUCGGAAUUCCCAUGUGAUAGUACACCAGAGGUCUCACUCGGGAGAGAAACCAUAUGAGUGUCUGUUUUGUGGGAAAGCUUUCAGUCAGAAUUCCUAUCUGGUUAAUCACCAGAGAAUUCAUACAGGAGAAAAACCAUACGAGUGUCCUCAGUGUGGAAAAAGAUUCAGUCGGAAUUCCGACUUGAUGAUACACUGGAGGACUCACACAGGAGAAAAACCUUAUGAGUGUCCAGAUUGUGGGAAAGCUUUCAGUAUCAGGUCUAGCCUUAUAAAUCAUGUAAGGUUACACACAGGGGAAAAACCGUUCAAGUGUCCAGAUUGUGAGAAGUGUUUCACACAAAAUUCCUCUCUGAUUGCCCACAGGAAAUUCCAUAUGAAGCAAAUGUGUAUAGUAGAGGAAUCUUGGUGUCUCAUUCACUUUGACUUAAUGGAGAUUUCCAUGAUAGGGAAAUUACAGAAGCGCAUGACUGAACCACCCCAUGAAAAGCUAUACAAAAGUUUGGGGUGUGUCAGAAGCUUUACUCGAAACAGGUCUCUCGUGAUUCGUGGAAGGACCCAUACUGAAGAGAAACUCUACCAGUACUCCCAUAUUGACAAAAGAUUUAGCAUGUACACCAAUCUGGUGAUACACAAGAGAACUCACAAUGGGGAGAAACCAUAUGAGUGUCUGUAUUGUGGGGAAAGUUUCAGUCAGAAUUCAAACCUGGUGAUACACCAGAAGAGUCACACAGGAGAGAAACCAUAUGAGUGUCUGUAUUGUGGGGAAAGUUUUAGUCAGAAUUCAAACCUGGUGGUACAUCAGAGGACUCACACUGGAGAAAAACCAUAUGAGUGUCCGGAUUGUGGGAAAAGGUUCAACCAGAAAUCUCAGCUAGGGAAACACCAGAUUAUGCACUCAGGAGUGAAACUGUAUUGUUCAGAUUGCGGGAAAGGUUUUACUUGCAAUUCUGACCUGGUGGUACACCAGAGGACACAUACAGGGGAAAAACCAUAUGAGUGCUCAGCUUGUGGGAAAAGUUUCAGUCAGAAUUCUGCCCUUAUGGAAUACCAGAGGACUCCCACAGGGGAGAAACUAUAUCAGUGUCCAGAUUGUGAGAAAGCUUUCAAGCGUAAUUCCCAUCUGGGAACACACAAGAGGACUCACACAAGAGAGAAAACAUAUGAAUGUCCGGAUUCUGAGAAAAAUUUCAUUAAUAAGUCUUACCUAGUGAUACACAAGUGGACCCAAACAGAGAAACCAUAUCAGUGUCCAGAUUGUGGGAAAUGUUUCAAGCGUAAUUCCCAUCUGGUGAUACACAAGAGGACUCACACCGGAGAGAAACCAUAUGAGUGUCUGGAUUGUGGGAAAAGGUUUAGUCAGAGUUCCACUCUGGUGAUACACAAGAGAACUCACUCAGGAGAGAAACCGUUUGAAUGUCCAGAUUGUGGAAAAGGUUUCAGUCAGAAUUCUCAUCUGAUAUUACACCAGAGGUCUCACACAGGAGAGAAACCAUAUGAGUGUCCGGACUGUGGGAAAAGUUUCCAGCAGAAUUCCAAGCUGGUGAUACACCAGAGAACUCACACAGGAGAGAAACCAUAUGAGUGUCCGGUUUGUGGGAAGAGUUUCAAGGAGAAUUCCAAGCUGGUGAUACACCAGAGGACUCACACAGGAGAGAAACCAUAUGAGUGUCUGGAUUGUGGGAAAUGUUUCAAGCAUAAUUUCCAUCUGGAGAGACACAAGAGAACUCACACAGGAGAGAAACCAUAUGAGUGUCUGGAUUGUGGGAAAAGGUUUAGUCAGAGUUCCACUCUGGUGAUACACAAGAGAACUCACUCAGGAGAGAAACCGUUUGAAUGUCCAGAUUGUGGGAAAAGUUUCAGUCAGAAUUCUCAUCUGAUAUUACACCAGAGGUCUCACACAGGAGAGAAACCAUAUGAGUGUCCAGACUGUGGGAAAAGUUUCCAGCAGAAUUCCAAGCUGGUGAUACACCAUAGGACUCACACAGGAGAGAAACCAUUUGAGUGUCCGGAUUGUGGGAAAGGUUUCAAGGAGAAUUCCAAGCUGGUGAUACACUAUAGGACUCACACAGGAGAGAAACCAUAUGAAUGUCUGGAUUGUGGAAAAAGUUUCAAGCAUAAUUUCCAUCUGGGGAGACACAAGAGAACUCACACAGGAGAGAAACCAUAUGAGUGUCCGGAUUGUGGCAAAGAUUUCAGUUGUAGAUCUAGCCUUAUAAAUCAUGUAAGGUUACACAUGGGAGAGUAACCAUUCAGAUGCCUGAGUGUGGAUAAUGUUUCACACAAAAUUCAUCCCUGAUCACAGAAGAAAUUCUACAUGAUGAAAAAUUUGAUUUGUUUACAGGAAUCUUAAAUUUCGUCUCUUUUUUUAAAAAAAAAACAUUUUUUAUUUAUUUUUGAACAAAGACAGACAAACUAAAAAUA